AUGCUACGUACUGCCCAGCGCAGCAUCAGCCGCUGGUCAAAUUCAGCAUGGCAUCUACCAUGUGCAAUGUCUACAGCCAGACGGGGCAUAGCCACAACACAACCCCGGCAGGGCAACAUACACAAGCUAGUGUUUACCGCCAUAUCUGAUAUCCAGGAGGACAUGGCCGCCGGCAGGAGAAAGUUCGAGAUAAUCCGCUCCCCAGAGAUCGUUCAUCUGGCUAGGGACCAUCCCAUGGUGGGAAAGAGGCUCAAGGGGUUGAAUCUGGCGUCCCUCAAUAAAAAUUCUGAAUGGAGGCAGACGGAUGCAUACCGCGGGCUUAUGGAACUUCUCGACCAACGUUUCAGGCUGCUCGGCUCGGAAGAUGUCAAAGAAUAUCAGACGACGAAAGAGAGUACUUCGAUGGACGAGAACCAUCACUCGGCUCCAUCUGACGAGAGUUCUCCUAUUGAGACUGAACUCAAGGACAAGAGCAACCAUGAUGCCUCAGUUUCAGACAUGGUGAUUGAGAAUGGAGAACAAGAGGACCCACCGACGAAUGAAGUUGGGGCUGUCGAAGAAUCACUUGACACUACAACGUCAAACAGCAAACACGAUUCUGACAGUGAAUUAGUGAGAGUCUUUGCAGAAAAUCGCGGCUCAACACAUCCUCUCAAAUAUCAAGAGGCAGGCGAGGCAAAAGUGUCAGAUAAAAGGUUGACCGGUGUGAAAUGGAUGAAUCUUGAUCUAGGCAAGACCUCCAUUGACGAUGUUGAAAUUGAGCAAGGGAAGGAAGCACAACAUUCGCCCGAGGAAACCAGGGUGAAGCUUGAAGAGACAUACCAAAACGCUCUCUAUCUGAUUUCUCUUUUGCCCACCAACAGCGGCGCCAAGAACGAGUUCCUUCACGGAAAUCAACGUGAUGCUAGCCCUGACGAAGUCCAUCGGCGAAGGGACAUGUUAAACCGGAUCGGCAUAAGGGAAAUUACACAAUUGCGUGGUCGAGCUGGCCUAGGCGAAGGAGGAGCAAUGGACCUCCAAUCACCAGAGCAUAAGACUCGGUAUAUACACAUUGCAGGAACAAAAGGAAAAGGCUCUGUGGCACACUACAUCACAUCGAUUCUCACCUCGCCUGUUGGUCUCGGCGCCGGCAAGAUAGGCACUUAUACGAGCCCUCAUAUCAACACGGUUCGCGAACGCAUAAAGAUCGACGGCAACAUGCUCUCCGAGGAGGAAUUCACCAAACAUUUCUUUCGGUUCUGGCGCGUUCUCCGCAGGAACGAGCCGAGGGAGCAGGAUCUACCUAAAGAUCUUUUUAUACCCACCAGCUGGAUGAAGCAUUACGACGAGAAACUGCAUGGACCUCGGAGAAAUAUAGCUGUGCGAAGCGCACCCUUGAAAAACCUUUACGCCCAAGAAGAAGUCAUGGCAGCAACCCGGAUGCCUUUUCUCUUCAACUUCAUGACCCUGCUCGCCAUGCGUAUAUUCCAGACCAUGCGCGUCAGAACCGCCGUGGUUGAAUGUGGAAUUGGGGCUGAAUACGACACCACCAACAUACUCAUUCCUCCCUCUAAUGUGAGCGUUGGUGUUGUCACAGCUAUUGAUUAUGAGCAUACGUCCAUGCUGGGCAAAUCGUUGCCCGAGAUUGCCUGGCACAAAACCGGCGUCUUCAAGCCCGGAGCUUCGGCCGUCGUGGUGCGACCGCCCAUCUCUGCCACCACGUACGACUUUAUGAAUGGCAUGACGCAAGGCGCCUACGGUCUGCCUAAGCCACCUUCAUGGUCGGCUGUCGAGCUGGAAGAGCAUGACGAUGCACCUGAGCAACAAAACCUAAAACAGGCAGAGGGAAAUGCUGUCAUGGGUGUCAUCUGGGGCAGGGCCAUCGACCGUGCCGUGAAGAAGUUGGUCGACGUGCCAUUUGACGUCGGGAUUUCCGAUGAAUCCGCACCUCCGGAUGAGAUUGAUGUCGGUGGUCCUGUUGAAAAGCUCAACAUGGCAGUCGCUUCACUCGCCGUGAGUGAGCACUUCCAUCAAAUCCAAUCGACCCGCAACAAAGCGGCCAAGAUUGUCCGUAGCAGCCCCGAGACUUCUGCCUCGGACGAACCACCAUCAGAAGUCAUUCCCUACCAAUAUCAGACCCGGGUCAGGAGUUUGUCUCUCAGCCCGUACCUUGGCCGUGGGCGUUGGCAAGCCAUGAUCAAACCCACCCACCUCUCCGCAAUGGCAUUCUCAAAGACCCUCCCCGGCCGCCGCGAGAUCUACAAAUCCCGUCACGAUCACAACGCCACCAUCUACCUCGACGGUGCCCACACCGCAAACAGCCUCCGCGCCGUCGGCCAAUGGUUCCAAAACAAGGUCGCCGAGGCGGAGCAAAACAACAACACCACCACCACCACCACCACCACCAACGCCAAAGCCCUGGCGGUCAUCAUCUUCGACCAGCGCGACCGCGACCGCGACCCCAUCGCACUGCUCUCGGCCCUCAUCGAACCACUUCGAUCCAGCGGCGGUCUCUUCAACGAGCGCACCCUGGCCUACAUCGGCAUCAUCCGCCCGACGUCGGGAAGCAACGAGGUCUUUGACAACCUGCAGCGGCACUUUGAGGCCCAGUACCCCUGGCUGCGCUUCAGGAACUUUGAGCACGUCGACCACGCCACCAUGAGGGCGGCCUCCAAGGCGCGCCAGAUCGUCGACGGGAAGAGCAUUACCCCCAACUGGUGGCCGCGGCCCGUGCAUGUGCUCUUCACCGGCAGCUUCUCCCUCACGUCGCGGCCCGAGCUGCGCGACCCCAUCCCUGUGCUCUUCAACAUGCCGCCGCCCGGACAGGAGCAGAAGACGAAGAAGGCGACGGCGGGUGAUGAGGAAUUGGAGUCGCGCCUCAGGACCAUGCUGGCCGGUCUGAAGAGUGAUACUGAGAAGCCCUCUCCUGGUGGUUCGAUACGCAGGGAGGCUUUGCGCAGGCGCCAGUUGGCCAUCAAGAACCAGCAGGCACGGAUCCGGGCAGGCGGCAACUUUGUUUUGUGA